AUGGGGAAAAGAAAGGUUGCAAUGUUGCUGCUUUGGGUCUUGUUUGCUUUGUGUAUCAGACUACCCUUCAACGUUGAAGCAAAAACAUCAUCGUCUUUAGAAAAAGAAAUCGAAGCCAAACUGAGGCUCCUCAACAAGCCUGCUGUCAAAACCAUUAAGAGUGAAGAUGGGGAUAUUAUUGAUUGCGUGGAUAUCUACAAGCAACCUGCUUUUGACCAUCCUGCCUUAAGAAACCACACUAUCAAGAUGAUGCCCGAUUUUCUGCUGGAAUCCCGAAAUUCGAGCAGCAAUGAUGGAUCGGAUUCAAUGAUAUUUCAGACAUGGCAGAAGAGUGGAAGUUGUCGGAAAGGAACUGUCCCCAUUCGAAGAAUUCUAAAGGAAGACUUACUCAGAGCUGCUUCUCUUGACCGCUUCGGGCAGAAACCCCCUGCAGUUUUUAAGAAUUCAACAAUUGGCUUCAACCUUAAUUUCUCAGACCUCAACGCCGGAAGUGCAUUUAUUCCAGAAAAUCGCUCGUCAUCGUAUCUAGUGACAUUGGGGUACAACUACAUUGGUGCACAAGCAGACAUCAACAUUUGGAAUCCAAAGGUUGAAAUGACAGACGAAUUCACCACUGCUCAAAUAUGGCUUAAGGCCGGCAACGGUCCUGAUUUUGAAAGCGUCGAAUCGGGGUGGAUGGUGAAUCCAAAGUUAUAUCGUGACAGAGCUACCCGGUUUUUCGCCUACUGGACUAGGGAUUCAUACAAGUCAACGGGUUGCUUUGAUCUUACUUGCGCUGGGUUUGUGCAAACAGGCCAGGUAGCGCUUGGGGCUACCAUAGGUCCUCUGUCGUCCGACUUUGGUCCACAGUAUGAUCUCAACGUUGGGUUGUUCCUGGAUGCAGAUGCAGGAAAUUGGUAUCUUAAAAUAAAGAACAACGUGCCUGUUGGUUAUUGGCCUGCGGAAAUAUUGGGGUCUUUAAGGCACAGUGCCACAUUGGUUGAAUGGGGUGGACAAGUAUCAAGUGCAAAGAUAAAAAAGGAAAAACCUCACACAGCAACAGGGAUGGGUAGUGGAGAUUUCGCAAAUGGACGAUAUGGGCACGCAAGCUACAUGCGCAAUGUGAGAAUUAAGGAUUAUUCACUUUCUCUUAAGUAUCCUGAAAAUGUGAAUGCAGUGGCUGAAGAACCCUACUGUUACAGCUCCCUCAAUGAUGUUAAAUAUGGAGUGGAGCCUACAUUUUAUUUUGGAGGGCCCGGACGAAGACCACCCUAUUGUCCUUGA